AUGAUAACCUGUAAUAACCUUCUUUUUUUUUCUUCUUUUCUUCUUCUUUUUACUUUUCUUUUUUUCUUUUCUUUUCUUUUUUCUUUUCUUUUUUCUUUUCUUUUUUCUUUUCUUUUCUUUUUUCUUUUCUUUUUUCUUUUCUUUUCUUUUUUUUCUUUUCUUCUUUUUCUUUUCUUCUUUUUCUUUUCUUUUCUUCUUUUUUUUCUUUUCUUUUUUGGCACACUCUCUGUCGUUUUCUCUCUCUUUCUAUUCUCUUCUCCCUAUUUCCUUUCUCCCUCUCACUCUUUCUCUCUCUCUCUCUCUCUCUCUCUCUCUCUCUCUCUCUUUGUUCUGUUUCUUUCGUCUCUUUCGCCCUCUGUAUGUUUCACCAGCUUUCUUUUAAUCUCUAAAAUUAAUUUUCACUCUCCUUUCUCUCUCUCUCUCUCUCUCUCUCUCUCUCACUCGAUUUCUCCCUAUGACUAUUUCUCUUUCACUUGCUCUCUUUCAAUUUCUCCCAUUUGCUGUCUUUCAUUCUUCUUCUCUUUGUAUCGCCCUGCUACUGUCUCUUUCUCCUCCCCCCUCCCCCUCUCUCUCUCUCUCUCUCUCUCUCUCUCGCAAACUAGAGAUUAA